AUGGGAGAUCAAAUUGUUGAAACUCCAGUCGAUCUUAAUAAUAAUAAUAAUAUAAAAAGUAGUAGUAGAUCAAAUAGUAGUAGUAAUUUAUUAAAGAACUCUUCUCCAAGAGUACCACGAAUUUCAUUGUCAAUUCUCACUGGAAACAGCAACAACAACAGUAAUAGCGGUGGCGAUUCUCCCUUGGAGUCAAAGUCACGCUCACCUCUACAAAGAACACCAAGAUCAUCACCGUCCACACCGAAAAAAUCAAAGGCGAAAAUGGAAGGAACUCCUACCAACUUGUCACAGUCGAGCGGUGAGAUGACAUCUUCCAGCAAAUAUAGUCCACUCUCUUUGAUAUCUCCAAGAAAAAACAAAGGUAAAAAAGAUAAAAACAAACUAAAUCUACUACAACAACAAUUGAAUGAAUCAAAUUCUACUACUACUUCUGCGCCUACUGCUGCUGCCACCAAUAUAACUAUUACCACUGCUGCUGCUACCACCAAUAACUCAAACCAAACUACCACCAACAAUAACUCCAAUAAUACCAAUGGUGUUGGUAUACUCAAUUCUACAUCAUCCUCACCCUAUAACGAUGAUCUUUCAUCUACCUUUAACAAUAGUUCAUCGAGGGAUGACAUUGAAUCACCAUUGUCUUCGUCUAUUACUGCAUCAAUCUCAACUGAUUCGUUGCAUCAAGCUUCGUUGGGUUGCGAAACUCCUCCUACCACUGCUAUAUUGUCACCACCACCAUCAUCAUCAUCCUCCUACACAUACCAUCCUCUACCAUCGUCUUCGGAAGAGGCAGUUCCACAUGACUCAUCUACCUCUCUACUUGUUGAUGAGACAACUCUCAACAACACAACAUCGCAACCAUCUUCUACCAGCUCUACUCCACUGCUCACUGACCAAUCGAAUCGUAACAAUCAACAACAACAACAACCACCACCACCACAGAUCAAUGCUGCAGAACAACUGCUUCAACAACAAAACAAUGUAACCACCAAAAAACGAUUCUUUUCUUUCCUCUCUAGAAAACCAAAACCACCACCUAUGAGCAUAGAGAGGAAGACAUCACCACCUCUUCCACUCUCCUCUGCCUCAGUUACACCACCACAAGCACUCUCUACCAACACCACACCCAAUCUUGUACCUAUCACCUCAAUGUCCUAUCAACAACAACAACAACUCUUGCAACCUCGAAGAAUGUCAGCAAGUCUCGACUCUUUGAAAACGGUUAGUCCAUCGGUAACACCAAACUAUGCAUUCUCACCGGUGGUAUCACCAGUGAUCCCACCGUCACCACUCAAAACAUCGAUUCUAAGGAAUCGCUCCAACUCCUCUUCGUUCUACUCUAGCAGCGGUAUGGUUGGCGGUAGCAUCAGUCUGGGUAGUAGUAACAGUUUCAAGAAGAUUGAAUACAACCAUCUUAAUCACACAUACAGUAGCUCUGCUGUCAUGAUUCAUACAUCAAUGAUUAACUCUCCUCUUAAUCCAAAUCACAUCAAUAAUGCUUUAGGAUCACACACUGCUCUAUCGAUAGCGACCGAUGCCACUUGGCUCAUGAUUGCCUCCAACUGGGAGGAGUGGUCAGAGCCACACUAUCGAUCGACUCUCACUAAAUACAUCUAUCAAGGUAUACCCGAUCGAUUCCGUCAGACCAUUUGGUUCCAUCUCUCCAAUAUGAUACAACAGACCGCAAGAAUUCCAACCUGUAUAGAACUAUCGCUUCAGUACAAGUUGGAACGAUUCCAACCUCAAUUGACACCACUUUCAACACCAUCCAACCAAACACCAAUCUCAACACCUCUCAUCAGAUCACAAUCAUCUUCCUCUAUUAUACCACCAGCAGUCACCUCACCACAACAAUCAAAUAACAAUGUAGUCUUUGAACAACUAACAACAACAACAACAACAAAUCAUUCACCUCUCAACAAUUCAACAACCUGUAAAAAUCAUAAAUGUUUCUAUCAAAGUAUUCUCAAGCACCACUCUGAACAUGAAGAGCAAAUCGAUGUCGAUAUUCAACGUUCAUUUACAGACAUCCCAGAUAAUAUACGUGAUAGCUACGCACUAUCACUCAGUCGUGUAUUAAAAGCAAUAUCACUCUACGAUUCUGAAAUGGGUUACUGUCAAGGUAUCUCUUUUGUAGGUAGUAUACUAAUCACAAGAGUACCUGAAGAAGAAACAUUCCAUAUUCUAUUAAGAUUAUUAGAAGGUGUAAUGAGAGAUUUUUAUACUGUUGGUAUGAUGGGAUUAAAAUUAAGAUUAUUCCAACUUAGUAAAUUUGUACAAGAUUUAUUCCCAAAGUUACAUAAACAUUUGGAACAGAUCGAUUUAGAUUAUACUAUAUUCGCAUCACCAUGGUUUAUGACAGCGUUUUCAUAUCAUCUAUCGGAGGAAUGCUCCGUUAGAAUAUUGGAUGUCAUACUGUUGCAAGGCGUUGAAGCAUUCUUCUCGGUAGGAUUGGCGAUCUUCCAGAUCAUAGAAGACGAUCUCUUGAAAUGCACUGACAGCUCUCAGGCUAUGGAAUACUUUAGAUGCAAUGCCAAAGCGAAUAUCGAUGUCUCUACGCUGAUGGACAUCGCCAGUAGAAUCACGGUGAGUCCUCACCAAUUGGCAAACUUCAAGUCGCAGUUCGAGGCACUCAACACCAAGCCGAGCAUCCCUACCGAGUUCAAUCCCGACCAGCAGCCAAAGGAGAAGAUGAAAGAUCCAAACUGGGUCGUAAAAAAGUACAAACUGAAAGAGUACAUCAACAUUCUCGAAGAGGAUCUAGCGAUUAUCAAACGCGAACUCCACGAAACACACAAAAAGAAUGAAGAGGAAAAGAUUGAGCUCGUCAAGCAUCUACAGGAGCUAUCCGAUCGAGAGUCACACCUCAUCGAACAGAAACGAAUGUCAGACACCAACUAUCAGAUGCUGCUACAAGAGAACGAAGAACUCAAAAAGAAAUUACACAAAUCCGAGGAAUGUAACAAUUUCUUGGCAGACCAAAUGCGAGUCUUAAGAUCAAAAGUCACUCAAGAACUCUGGAAUAAUAAUCCAAAGAAUUCAAUUCAAUGGACAUAA